AUGGGAAUGCACUUGGUGGUAGUAGCGGCAUUUCAUCUAUCAAGGGGUGCGGGUGCGGGUGCGGGUGCGGGUGCGGGCUUGACUACCCCUCGAAUCGCGGCUAACUUGAUAUGGCCUUUUUUAUUCAAGCUCUGCUUAAGCGUCAAAGUUUCUCCGCAAGAUUUAGUUUGUUCAACCAGGUUCUUGCUUUUUCAAAUUGCUCAGAUUUUCUCUGGUGUCGAUAAUACUAAUAACACCAGUAAUAGCCGAUGGGAUCGAACCCUUCGAUUGGUGCGCGAGAGAGUCGCCGUUGCCAGACAUUCGCCACGGUCUUUGCCUCAUGAUGAUGAAGAAAGUCUCCCUCGUUUUUGUCUCCUAUUUUCUCAUUUUGCCCUCUCUUUCUUUCUCUCUCUCUUUCUCUCUCUCUCUCUCUCUCUAAACUUCUCUAGUUCUCAUUUUCUCAACAAUCUCAAGUUCUCAGACACUCCACACUCACUCUUUCCUUCUAGUUCUUUCUCACUCUUUCGUUCUCAAGUUCUCAACUUUUCCCUCUUCUCACUCGUUCUCACUCCUCAACGCCUGAAAGCCGUCAAACCUCAAACUCUCAAAGUAAUUAUGGAUGCCGAUGUUCAGCAACUUUCUUCCGAGGAAGAGGAGAUUGACUCGACAACACAAGACAAAGGAAAUGGUAAAAACCAGAAAACUUCUUCUGGUAAACCUCGUGUGAUUCUUACUGGUAAGAAACGUCAACGUCGGCUUUCUUCUGGUGUUUGGGUGAAUUUUGAUUUUUUAGACGAGCCUGAUAAAAUGGUAAUCUAAUUUGCAAAUGUAAAAAGUGUGGUAUACAUUUUAAUGCUGAUAGUAAGAAUGGAACUGGGAAUCUUCAUCGUCAUUUGAAAAAUUGCAAACAAAGGUCUUUUAGGGAUGUUGGUCAAAUGAUAUUAGAGAAAACAUCCUCUGGUUUAGGAAAUAGAUUGCGUGAAUUUGAUGCUAAUUAUUUCCGUGAAUUAUUAUCUCUUGCUAUUGUGGAGCAUGAUAUGCCAUUUCAGUUUGUAGAGUUCAAGGGUUUUAGGAGAUGUUUUAAUUAUUUGCAUCCUGAUUUCAAACCUGUCACUCGAAAUACUAUCAAAUCUGAUGUACUUAAGAUGUAU